UUCGCGACCGUGUACUACACGCCCGAGCUCGAUUCGCACGCCGCUUGCGGUGCCCCCUCCAAGGUGACCACGGACAUCUUCAAGGGCAAGAAGGUCGUUAUCUUUGCCGUUCCGGGAGCCUUCACGCCAUCGUGCCAUGCGAACCACCUGCCGCCGUUUGCGGAGAAGUACAAUGAGCUCAAAUCCAAAGGCGUCGACGACGUCUACGUCUUGUCAGCCAACGAUCCCUUCGUGCUCAGCGGCUGGACCCGUAUUCAGGGUGUUGCUGACAAGAUCGUCGGCCUCACGGACAUUGAAGGUGCCUGGUCAAAGGAGCUUGGCCUGACCGUGGACCUUAGUGCCGCUGGCAUCGGCCUCGGCACGCGUACCACUCGCUACGCGCUCUGCCUGGACGACCUCAAGGUCACAUACCUCGGCGUCGAGCCGGACCCGACUCAAGUCACUGUCUCUGGCGCUGAAGCCGUCCUUGCCGCGCUCUGAAUAGAUGGUCGACCUAGAAGAUAUGUAACAAGUAGACUGUAAACGUACGAGAUUGGGAUCGAAAUCGAUUGAUUUAGCUGUACACCGUCAGGACACUAGCAACUUAACAACUGACGCGUACAGUUAGAUGGCAUGGAGCGUAGGUACUGUAUGUCGUAAACCGUAAACAGCUCACGAGACAAAGCGAACCAGAGCUAAGCUUCGAUUCG